GAGCUUGGUGGGUAGCCGAUCUGUGCCGGUUUCUGUUUCCUGCUUUUGUUUAUAUCCCGCAGGUCCUCCCUUCCUCCACAGCUCUUGUUCCUUCUCACAGUUAUUCUCGCUACCCCAACAUCACAUCAGCAAUCAUGGUUCACCUAGGGAAAGUCACCAACGACUCCGAAGUCAAGAAGGAUGCUCCUGGAGAUGGCAUUGAUCUGUCCAAGUUGGGACCCGAGGGAGCUCAGCCUGGUGACUUUGGUGUCUACGGCAGCCGCUUCGCAGAGGAGGAUCUACCCCGACACGGUAUGCCCGAGGACGGCAUGCCUAGCCAAAUCGCAUACAGAAUGAUCAAGGACGACCUGACGCUGGAUGGCAACCCUACUCUCAACCUUGCCUCGUUCUGCACUACGUACAUGGAACCCGAGGCAGAGCAGCUAAUGAUGGAGGCCCUCUCCAAGAAUUUCAUCGACUACGAAGAAUACCCUGUCACUGCAGAUAUCCAGAACCGCUGUGUCAACAUGAUCGCUCGUCUCUUCAACAUUCCCACGCAUGAUGACGACUCCAAUGCCAUGGGAACGUCGACUGUUGGCUCGUCAGAAGCCAUCAUGCUCGCAACACUCGCUAUGAAAAAGACUUGGGUCAAUAAGCGCAAGGCAGAGGGCAAGGAUUACUCAAAGCCCAACAUCAUCAUGAACUCGGCUGUCCAGGUCUGCUGGGAGAAGGCUGCUCGCUACUUCGAUGUCGAGGAGAAGUACGUCUAUUGUACCAAAGAUCGUUUUGUGAUAGAUCCCAAGGAGGCCGUCGAUCUCAUCGAUGAGAACACUAUUGGCAUCUGCUCUAUCCUCGGAACGACAUACACCGGCGAAUACGAGGAUACUAAGGCCAUCAACGAUCUUUUGGUCGAGCGUAAUUUGGAUAUCCCUAUUCAUGUCGAUGCUGCCUCUGGUGGCUUUGUUGCACCUUUCGUCAAUCCUGACCUCAUCUGGGAUUUCCGCCUCGAAAAAGUUGUCUCGAUCAACGCCUCAGGCCACAAGUACGGUCUUGUCUACCCUGGUGUUGGCUGGUGUAUCUGGCGCGACCCCAAGUACCUUCCUACCGAGUUAAUUUUUAACAUCAACUACCUGGGUGCCGAUCAGGCUUCUCUCACUCUCAACUUUUCCCGCGGAGCUUCCCAGGUUUUGGGCCAGUACUACCAAUUGAUCCGUCUCGGCAAGAAGGGCUACCGUUCAAUCAUGUUCAACCUGACCAGGACCGCAGACUACCUGGCUGCAUCUGUCGAGAAGAUGGGCUUCUUGCUCAUGUCGCAGACUCGCGGUAACGGUUUGCCCCUGGUGGCCUUCCGCCUCAACCCCGACGAUGGUCACUUGUUCGACGAGUUCGCCAUCGCACAUCAGCUCAGACAACGUGGCUGGGUCGUCCCUGCAUACACCAUGGCUCCCCAUUCUGAGGGACUCAAGAUGAUGCGUGUCGUUGUCCGUGAGGAUUUCUCGCGCAGCAGAUGCGAUGCUUUGAUCGCCGACAUCAAGCUUGCCAUGGAGACCUUGGGCAAGAUGGACGAGAAGAAGGUCGAGGAGCACAAGGAGCAUAUCAAGCAGCAUGCUACCGCCACUGGCCGUUCCAAGAAGACGAACCAGCAUUACUCGGGCGAGAAGCACUCGUUGCAAGGAAAGACUGGCAAGACCCACGCUGUCUGCUAA